CGCUGCGACACCACUCACACCCGGGGACAAGUGGAGCCGGUCCCUCGCUCGGUCCGGACAGCAACUUCCCCAUCGUUCUCCAGCUUCCGGUGCGGAGGCCGUCGAGGGCUCAUGCGUCUUUGAUGAGGAGGAAGUAACGGGCGUUCCAUCGAGAUGAGUCAGCAGGGUUAUGUCGCCACACCCCCGUACUCCCAGGCCCAGCCAGGGAUGGGGGGCUACCAAGGUGGAUUUGGGAGUGGUCCUACACAGCCCCUCUAUGGGCACUACGGGGGGCCACCUCAGGCAUUCACCGCUCCACCAGCAGGGAUGAUGAAAUCGCCGGUUUCCUCUCCUGUCGGCAUGCCUCCGCCUCAAGUCGGCGGUUCGUACAAUCCAAACGUCCAGCAGAAUGGCGCUCAUCCACAAAGGUACCCUGCUCCACCAGCUGUAUCUGCUCCUUAUGGACAACCCCCACAGGCCCCAUACAACAGCAUGGCCUCACCUGCCCCGCCUGCAGCACAGCAGCUCACCAAUCAGAUGAGUGCUAUGAACAUGGGAGGCUAUGCCCCAGGGCCCAUGCAGAGCCCUCCUCCACCAACAGGCUCUGUAGCCCAACAGCCUUUCCAGGGGCAUCCUCCACCAGCAAUGGGCCAUCCACAGAUGCUUCCUGGCCCGCAGUCGCUCCACCCAUCCCAGCAAAUGCCCCCUCAGAUGGCUCCACCGCAGUCGCUCCACCCAUCCCAGCAAAUGCCCCCUCAGAUGGCUCAACAGCAGUCACCCCAAAUGAGCAUGGGAGGCAUGGGCGGUCCUUUCUCCGGCCCGCCGCCUCCAGGCCCCGGAGGUUUUCAGCAGCCCGGUCCUGGACCUACUGGUCCACAAGGAUACCCACAGCAAGCUGGUCAGUUUGGGGGUUACAUGGCUGGGCCCCAGCAGGGCAUGCCAGGGGCCUUCCCCGGAACACAGGGCGGACUGGCUGGCCCUACUCAGAAGAAACUGGACCCUGUCGUUAUGCCAAGCAUAACCCAGAUCAUACAGGAAGACCAGGCUAAUCAAGGAGGAGAGGUCUUCAGCACAAGCAUCAGAGGAACGGUUCCACCUCUGGUCACCACUGACUUCACAGCAUGGGACCAGGGCAAUGCCAGUCCCAGGUUCAUGCGCUGCACCACCUACUCCCUCCCCUGCACUGCCGAUCUGGCCAAGCAGUGCCAUGUGCCCCUGGCUUGCAUCAUUAAACCCUUUGCCACUUUGCAAAAGAAUGAGGCUCCUCUAUAUGUUGUGGACCACGGUGAGACGGGCCCCAUCCGCUGCAAUCGAUGCAAAGCCUACAUGUGUCCCUACAUGAAGUUUAUCGAUGGCGGCCGUCGCUACCAGUGCUCUUUCUGCAACUGUGUCAACGAAGUGCCAGCAUUCUACUUCCAACAUCUUGACCACAAUGGCCGUAGGGUGGACUUCAACGAGAGGCCUGAGUUGUCCCUGGGAUCCUACGAGUUUACAGCCACCAUUGACUACUGCAAGAACAACAAGCGUCCGAAUCCUCCCGCCUUCAUCUUCAUGAUCGACGUGUCCUAUACCAACGUCAAGAGUGGCCUGGUCAAACUGAUAUGUGCCGAGCUGAAGACCCUGCUGGAGAAGCUGCCCAGAGAGGCAGGCGAGGAGAGCUCGGCGAUUAAAGUGGGCUUCGUCACCUACAACAAGGUCCUGCACUUCUACAACGUGAAGAGCGCCCUCGCCCAGCCCCAGAUGAUGGUGGUGUCGGACACGGCCGAAGUGUUCGUCCCGCUGCUUGACGGCUUUCUUGUCAACUUCCAGGAGUCGAGGGCUGUCAUCUGCAACCUCCUGGACCAGAUCCCUGAGAUGUUUGCCGACACCAAUGAGAGUGAAACGGUCUUUGCUCCCGUCAUCCAGGCCGGAGUGGAGGCAUUUAAGGCCGCAGAAUGUAGCGGAAAGAUCUUCCUCUUCCACUCCUCCAUGCCCACGGCCGAGGCUCCCGGCAAACUCAAGAACAGGGAUGACAAAAAGCUGGUCAACACAGAGAAAGAGAAAAACCUGUUCCAGCCUCAGAAAGGAGUGUAUGAGCAACUGUCCAAGGACUGUGUGGCACAGGGCUGCUGCGUGGAUCUCUUCCUCUUCCCCAGCCAGUAUCUCGACUUGGCAACCAUGGGUGAUGUGCCCUCGCACACCGGAGGCUCCGUGUACAAGUACAACAACUUUCAGGUGGAGACUAAUGGGGAGCAUUUCCUGAGGGACCUAAGGAAAGAUGUGCAGAAGAGCAUCGGAUUUGACGCCAUCAUGCGUGUUCGCACCAGCACAGGCUUCAGAGCCACAGACUUCUUCGGAGCCAUCCACAUGAACAACACCACGGAUGUAGAGAUGGCGGCCGUGGACUGUGACAAGGCCUUGACCGUCGAGUUCAAGCAUGACGACACGCUCAGCGAGGAGGCCGGAGCGCUCCUGCAGUGUGCCUUCCUGUACACCACCAUCAGCGGCCAGCGACGCCUGCGUAUCCACAACCUCAGUCUGAACUGCAGCCCGCGGUUGGUGGAUCUGUACAAAGGCUGCGAGACCGACUCGCUCAUCAACUUCUUCGCCAAAUCAGCUUACCGUGCCAUGUUGAACCAGCCUCUAAAGAACGUGAGGGAAAUCCUGGUCAACCAGACAGCCCACAUGUUGGCCUGUUACAGGAAGAACUGCGCCGAACCUUCCACCGCCGGCCAGCUGAUCCUGCCGAGCACCAUGAAGGUGUUCCCAAUCUACAUGAACAGCCUGAUAAAAACCGCCCCCUUGGUGUCGAGCACGGAGCUGUCCACAGACGACAGAGCCCACAUGAGGCAGUCGGUCAUGGCCAUGGGGGUGGAGGACACACAGCUGCUGCUCUACCCUCGGCUCCUCCCACUGCACAACCUGGACGUUGGAAGCGAUGCUCUGCUCGCUUCGGUGCCGUGUUCAGAGGAGUCUCUUUCCGACUCUGGCAUGUUCCUGCUGGAGAACGGCCACUCCAUGUUUCUGUGGUUGGGCCAAGCAAUCCCCCCCGACCUCAUCCAGAACAUCUUCAACCUGCCCUCCCUCGCCCACCUGCAAGAAAACAUGCAGUUUUCGCUGCCAGAGCUGGACAACCCACUGUCAAAGAAAGUCCGAUCCAUCAUCGAUGGCCUGCUUGAAAAGAGGCCGAACUCCAUGAAGCUCAUCAUCGUGCGGCAGAAGGACAAGCCGGAGGUGUUAUUCCGCCAGUUCCUCGUGGAGGAUAAAAGUCUGCUCGGCGGCGCCUCCUACCACGACUUCCUUUGCCACGUUCACCGGGAGAUCAGGCAGCUGCUCACCUAAUUUAAAGUCCAAACGCCCGUGUCCUGGAGUGUUGCCAUCCGGACGGGCCGGGUAGAAAACACAGGAUCUAAUGGACCGCGCACAGAUCUCACAGGGUCAGUCCAUUUGAAAUUGUCAGGACAAUGCUUUUUAUGGGGUUUUAUAAAAAGACAGAAGAGGGACCAAGGAUCCGGGAGAUUCCACCUCCAGUGUCCACAGCUGCCUUUCACAUACAACACGGUAUGAUCUCCAAAUAACGACUUGUCGCUCGAGGAGCCUCCGAGUAAAUCUGUCAGAAUUAAAUGGACAACACAUCUCGUGUUUCCCGCAUGGAUACUUGCCGUGAUGGACAGUGGAGACGGUAAUAACAUCAGUGCCUGCGGCUGAAAUGCAUUUUGGCAGAAAGCCCACUGCCAUGAGCAAUAGAGCAUCCAUCUCCACUGUUCAAGUUGAUUUAAGUCCUUUUUCAUUUCACUAUGUAGAUUUACAGCGUCUGGAUAACACGAGGGGUUAUUUGUAGAUGUUCGCCAGUAUUUGUUACCCUCAGAUUAAGACUUAAUAUUUAAAGAAUUCUCAGAAUCACAUUUUAAAAAUAUCGAUUUCAUUUUAAACAAUUAACUCUGUAAGAAAAUUUAUAAUAUUUAACUUUCCUUCUGCAUUGUAUCUAAUUUCUCUCUCAUUUCAUUAACCUUUAGUCGAUGUAUCUGCAUGUAUCAAUUAUUUCAUAAUUUAGCAGAAACAUUGGCAGGAUAUAGGUUUUUUUCCCCGUCAUUACCCCGUGAGUAAUGAGAAGCAGUUGAUUCAGACAGGCCCACACCAAAGAAAAGAAAAAAAGAUUCUUUGACCUUUUAUGGCCGAGACUUGAUCUUCACAAUGUGCAGUGACUCAGAAACUGCUCUGGUGUUCUGAGAUUACAGGGAAACAAACGCAGCUGUGGGGAAACAAGAGAACUCCACUUUUCCCUCUAGAAGAGUCCGAAUUGGUCUUAAAAAACUAAAAACAUUUCAAAUGUCAUCGAGUGAAAGGACUUAACGCGAUGACCAGAGAGGAGACCAUGUGACAGGGACCAAAUAUCAAGCUUUUCCCUCAUACUGUCACAUUAAACUUUGUUAUUUAUUCUUGUUGGAGAGAUAUAUUUUGACAAACAACUUAAAAAAAUACGGAAAAAAACAGCGCCAGCGAUUUAAAAUCUUCUUUCUGGACUGACAAUCAGACUUCAGCUCACGGUUCAAAUGUAGUAAUUUACUUUUAUUACUCAAAUAAACUUGUAAGAUUUCAUAGUUAACAAGCUCCAGUAGUUACAUCAUCAUUCUGCAUGGCCUUACUUGUUUAUUUUAUACCAGUCGAUCAUUUCUUUGUAAUGCAGACUCUUCAUUUGACAAAUAUCGGACCAUCUUGUGUAUGUGUGUUGCCCACCAGGUCUUUUUUGUACAUGAAAUGAGCAACUUGUGUUGCCGAAGAUAUUCCUAUCUGCCUUAAGUUGAUGUAAUACAUGUAGUUGUGAUAAAAAAAAUUAUGUCAAAAUGUAUAUGUCCCUUUGACGUCCACGGCUGAUUUAAAUCCAUCUUCAGUAUUUGGUUUUAUAUGCAAAACGUAUCUCAGGUAAUUUCAGUACCUUUCCAUUUUUUUGUUGGAAGCAGUGAUUCGAGUGGAAUUGUGGGAAAUUAUGGAUUGGCGUGGCCCAGUUCUUUCAUUCCAAACCCUAAAGAAAACUUUGUCUAAUUAAAUCUUUGCUGUUGCAAAAACUGUU